AUGGAAUCUACAUAGGAUAUGAUAUCAAGUUCACUUUAAAAUAUCAAUCUCACAAAAUAAGAAUAAUAAACAAAAAUAUGGGAUGAUUUUUCUACUGUUUAUGAUCAGUAAGUUACUAGAAUGGCAACUCAGCCAUUUAUUACUCUUUGCAGCUAGACAGAUACUUUCUAAUGCAAAAGAAUACUUGAAGUUGCCUGCGGUGGCGGAUAUCAUUCACUUAUUGUUGCCAAAACAAUGCUCUAAAAAGGAGGAGUCUUAGUAUCUUGCGAUUUCAGUAGCAAGAUGAUGAAAUUAACUAAGCAAAAAUAUGAUGAUCUCAAUUGGAGUUCUGGGUACACAGAUGUGAUUGGUAAUAGAUAUGAUAUUACUACUGAGGCUUUGCUGCCUUUAGGAGAACACUCAUUUGAUCUUGAAGAAGAAAUCAAGAAGCAUAAUUAAAAUGAAAGCGAUAGAUUCGUAUUUGGUUGUCAAGCAAACAAUGAAUCCCUACCUUUCAAAGAUGAUACUUUUGACUGUUACCUCGCUAAUUUGUCACUAAUGCUUGUAGAUAAUUAUAAGAAUCAACUUUCCGAGGCAUUUAGAGUUUGCAAAAAGGGAGCAAGAUUAGCCUUCACAGUUUGGGGCAGUUAAAACAAUAGCAACAAUUUUGGGAUUCUUAACAUGCUUAUUGAAAAAUUUAAGAUUGGACCUGAUGAAAAACCAGCCAAAACAUACUAUCAUAUAUGUUAAAAUAAGGAUACAGUAAGAUAGGAGAUGAUUGAUAUGGGUUUCUCAAAUAUUAAAAUGUGGUUUUAACCUAUGAAUUUCCCGUUUAAAAACUUUGAAGAGUAUUGGGCUACAGUUUUUACUUAACCCCCAGCUCAAGUAGCAAUGGCUAAAUUAGAUGAUGAAGGAAGAAAGCAAAUUAAACUUGAAGCAGAGGAGCUUUACAAUAAACUUUUAGGCGAAGGUGUUAUUGAUCCUAAUUGCUUUGAAGUGAUGAUUAUUGUGGCAGAGAAAAGGUGA